UCCAGAGGCCCCCGGUUCAAUACCCGGCUGGGGCACUGGAAAUUUCAGAAAUGCUUCAAGUGUUUCCCACCCAACUAGAGAUGUACUGGUAUGAAACCCAGAACGAUUCCCCUGCCUCUUUUCUGUCUUCUGAGGUCAAGAAGUAGGAUGUUUCCAUGGCCAAUAAGCAUGGUGAUGGCUUGCUCCCUAUUGAUUGGGAGGUUCUGCUCCCAGCUGGCCCCGCCCUUGCCAAUCACGCCGGCUGUAUAGUCGGUAACACUUUUUAUGUUCACGGUGGAGUGACCAGACACCGCGGCAUCGUGCCUUCCAACAAACUGUAUGAUCUUCACCUUGACACGCUUAUCUGGAAUGAGGUCAGAGUGGAAGGGUCACCUCAUCUUAGCCACCACGCCUGUGUUGCCAUUGAUGACCGGUAUAUGGUUCUGAUUGGCGGUUGGGAUGGGCAGAGCCGCUUGUCAAGUGUGCAUGUGUUUGACACCAAAGGCAGGGUGUGGUGCAAUCCUGUUGACAUAGGCUUCCCGGAAGAGGCCGGUUUGAGUUCACACGCAGCUCUGUUACUAGACACUGGGAAUAUUCUGGUCGUUGGCCGUGAAGGUUGUAAGAGGACUGUAGAGAAGCAUGGGAACGCGUAUCUUCUUAGACCAGAUUUUGAAAAAAUGGUGUUUGAGUAUACAAAAAUAUCGGCCGAUAGCAUAUCACGAUCUGGACACACAUUGAACACAUUAGAUAAUAUUGCAUUCAUACUUGGUGGUAGGGCUGAUGACUUCAUAGAAUUUCAUAAAGGCUUUAAUUCUAAAGAACCUCUGGGUGCUCUGAACUCAAACUUCAUUGACAUUCUACGUAAAAACGUUUUACUGCCCUUAACAAGUCACCCUAACGGUCGCAAGCACCAUAUUUCAAUCGUUGGAAAGGACUGUAUUAUUAUGCAUGGUGGCGAAGUGUUCAAAGGGAAGUCACGGACCCCCGUCUCCGACAUGCUUUUGAUGAUAGCCAAGCCUGAACCAAGCUUUUACAAGAUUGGGAACAGUGCCGUUGCCCGUGCUGCCCAUGUUUGUGUCAACAUUGGAGACAGGGUUAUUUUUCACGGUGGAGUGGGCUGGAAUAAUGUGAUUUAUGGAGACUGUUAUGAACUGAAGCUCCGAAUUUAACCAUUUGCAUGCUGGGAAAUUUGUCAACUGCUAAAAUGUCGUCUGCUGAAUUUCUAAAAUCAUCAUUUUCUUCACUUUUUUUUCAAAGACCACUAUCAGAAUAGCAAACAGUUUGGAUCAAGAUCAGACGCCACGUUUUGUGGGGUCUUUCAGUGCGGGAACCGAAUUUUAAAGGCCUUUGCAAACAGUUUGGAUCCAGAUGAGACGCCACAGAACGUGGUGUCUCAUCAGGAUCCAAACUGUUUGCUAUUCUGAUAGUAUUCUUUGAAAAAAAUCGAAGAAAAUGCUAAUUUUAGAAAUUCAGCAGACGACAUUUCUAGCAGACGACAAAUUUCCCAGCAUGCAAAGGGUUAAAAUUCGGUUCCAGUGCUAUAAGGGUUACGGAUCUAGUGUCACUUAGCUGUCUGUUUAGGUCAUGUUUGGAUAUUAAAUCUAAAUAUUACUUUGUUUUUCAAAUGGGAUUUUCUCUUAGCUUACAGUUUACUAUUAGUCCCUCUUGGAAGAUGAAGUCUUCAGUUAUGUUAUUGUUACCUAUAUAAUUGCUAUUUCUUUGAUCUAUUAGUUAUCUUAAGAAUAUUUUUUAUAAUUUAGCCCCACUUUUAGAAAACCUUUACAUUUAUUAAGCGCAGCUCAAUUAUAUUCAUUUAUCCCUUUUGAUUGUCAAUAUUGCAAGCUUUUAUAUUUUGUUUAUAUAUAUAAACAUAUAUAUAUGUAUAUAUGAUGUGUGCUCUGUAAAGUGGGUUAAAUGCACUUGCGUAGAGUAUGUCAUAAUUAGUAUCAUUGACAACACUUUCCGCCUUUAUUGUAUUCUUCUUUUAAAAGAAGACUUUUCUUGACGAAAAUUUGAGGCAGAAAGUGUUGUCACUGAUUAGCCUGUGCGGACAGUCUAAUCUCGGACAACACUUUUUAUGCCCCCCUUCAAAGAAGAGGGGGUAUAUUGCUUUGCUCAUGUUGGUCGGUCGGUCGGUCUGUCGGUCCGUCCACCAGGUGUUUGUCAGACGAUAACUCAAAAACGCUUGGGCCUAGGAUCAUGAAAAUUCAUAGGUACAUUGAUCAUGACUCGCAGAUGACCCCUAUUGAUUUUGAGGUCACUAGGUCAAAGGUCAAGGUCACGGUGACCAGAAAUAGUAAAAUGGUUUUUGAAUGAUAACUCAAGAACGCAUACGCCUAGGAUCAUGAAACUUAAUGGGUAGAUUAAUCAUGACUUGCAGAUGACCCCUAUAGAUUUUGAGGUCACUAGGUCAAAGGUCAAGGUCACGGUGACCCGAAUUAGUAAAAUGGUUUCCGGAUGAUAACUCAAGAAUGCAUACGCCUAGGAUCAUGAAACUUCAUAGGUAGAUUGAUCAUGACUCGCAGAUGACCCCUGUUGAUUUGAGGUCACUAGGUCAAAGGUCAAGGUCACGGUGACCCGAAAUAGUAAAAUGGUUUUUGGAUGAUAACUCAAGAACGCAUACGCCUAGGAUCAUGAAACUUCAUAGGUAGAUUGAUCAUGACUUGCAGAUGACCCCUAUUGAUUUUGAGGUCACAAGGUCAAAGGUCAAGGUCACGGUGAACCGAAAUAGUAAAAUGAUUUUCGGAUGAUAACUCAAGAACGGUUUUGGUAGGAUCAUGACACUUCAUAGGUACAUUGAUCGUGACUCGCAGAUGACCCCUAUUGAUUUUCAGGUCACUAGGUCAUAGGUCAAGGUCACAGUGACAAAAAUCGUAUUCACACAAUGGCUGCCACUACAACGGACAGCCCAUAUGGGGGGCAUGCAUGUUUUACAAACAGCCCUUGUUACAUAUGCAUUAAACCCCCUUUUCACAGAGUGCGGCUCAUUUAUAUAUAUAUAUAUAUAUUCCAAAUUUUAGGUAUUCCUGGCCCCUUCAUGGGGUACUCCUUUCAGUGUAUUGCUGUGCUAUAAAAUAUCUAAAAUGUAUAAUAUUUUCAAUGAAUUAAGUAUUUAGAAGUUGAAUAAUACUAAAUAAGUAUUUAGCAGAGGAAUAAUACUGGCAGCUGAUUAAACCAACAGGGCAGAUUAGUCCAAUUAAACUUUCUCUGUUUUAGGUAUCAUAAAUUUGUAAUACAGUCAUUCUGAAUCUCAUGUUAUCAACGAUAUGCAUACAUUUAUAAAGACUUUUAUAUAUUCUUGGUUGAUAACAAGUAACUUAUAAGCAUUUGAUUUGUGAAGGAUUAGGUGAAAAAUAUAACAAUUAUAUAUUUUCUUGUAAAUUCUGCCUGUUGAUCAUUGAUUCAAAAGUUUUAUACAAUGUUUUUCAUUAAAGACAAUUAUUUUACUCAAAAUGUUUUUAAGAAUCAUAAGCAUGUUUGUUAUUGGAGACAAUAUGUUUUACUUCAAUGUUGAUCCAUAAUAAAUCAUGACAAUGUUUGUAAUUGAAGACACAUUUUUUUACUCAAAUGUUUUUAAGUAUAAUAACAAUAUUUGUUAUUGAGGGAAUGUUUCUUUACCUUAAAUACUUUAAAUAUCGUAACAUCAUAUAGGCUAUUUGUAGAGGAGCAAGAAGUUAAGGAGUGUCAAAAUUUGUACAUGUAUUCAAUCAUUCUUAAGUAUUCUCAAUAUCGUAGGUUUUUCUAAAACAUUAAAUUUACACUUUGUGCCAAUUUUUAUAGUUGCAUUAGUUGUUUUUACGCCAAUAUUUAUUAAAAAAUAUAUUUAGAGCUGUUUUAUAGUUUUAAGAGUAUUUUAAUAAACUUUUUAAUUAGU